UCCGCAUCUCGGCUCAUUAUUUAAGUCUGGCAGCACUUCCUCCUACAACAACAAGAGGAACCUCCUCCGCGCAUCCUGGGACACCGAAGCCAAGACCUGCACCGACAACAUGUCCGAACAGUCGGCCUUCGACACCAACGUGGUCACCGUGACCCGCUUCGUCAUGGAGGAGGGCAGGAAAGCCAAAGGCACCGGAGAGCUGAGCCGGCUGCUGAACGCGCUGUGCACGGCCGUCAAAGCCAUCUCCAGCGCGGUGCGCAAAGCCGGCAUCGCCCACCUCUACGGUAUCGCGGGCAGCACCAACGUGACGGGUGACCAGGUGAAGAAGUUGGACAUCUUGUCCAACGACCUGGUCAUCAACAUGAUCAAGGCGUCCUUCACCUCCUGCCUGCUGGUGUCGGAGGAGAACGAAAAAGCCAUCGUUGUGGAUCCUGAGACCAGGGGCAAGUACAUCGUAUGUUUCGACCCUCUGGAUGGUUCCUCCAACAUCGACUGUCUGGUAUCCAUCGGAACCAUCUUCGCCAUCUAUAAGAAGGCCACAGACGACGAGCCGCGCGAGAAGGACGCCCUGCAGCCCGGCAGGAACCUGGUGGCGGCGGGCUACGCCCUCUACGGGAGCGCCACCAUGAUGGUGCUCUCCACCGGCCAGGGGGUCAACUGCUUCAUGCUGGACCCGGCCAUUGGUGAAUUCAUCCUGGUGGACCGGGAUGUGAAGAUAAAAAAGCGGGGCAAGAUCUACAGCUUGAAUGAGGGCUACGCCAAACACUUUGAGCCGGCCGUCACCGAGUAUUUGCAGAAGAAGAAGUUUCCUCAGGACGGCACCGAGCCCUAUGGCGCCCGCUACAUCGGAUCCAUGGUGGCCGACGUCCACCGGACACUAAUGUACGGCGGAAUCUUUUUAUAUCCUGGAAAUGCAAAGAACCCGGAAGGAAAGCUGCGUCUGCUCUACGAGGGCAACCCCAUGGCCUUCAUCAUCGAGCAGGCAGGGGGCGCCGCCUCCACGGGCUUCGAGAACAUCCUGGACAUCCAGCCCACCAACAUCCACCAGCGCUCCGCCGUGGCCAUGGGCUCUCCCGAGGACGUGGCGGAGUACACGGCCAUCUGCCGCAAGCACGCCAAGUGAAGCUUCGGCUUCUGAAAUCCCAACAAUGUAUUUUGUUUGAUUUCAAUGAGAAC